UUGUGUUUUGCUUUGUGAGUGAAUCACUUUAUUUAAUUAGAAAAGAAUUUUCUCAAUUUUGUAUUAAAAAUCUACGUUUUUGUGGAUUGUAAACCUAAAAAAAAGAUAGGUCUACAAGUAGAAGGAGAAGGCGUGGUCAGAUAUUGUUAAGAUAACAUAUUAUCAAUGAUGCAAGAUACCAGACCCGAGCUGUACGAAGAAGUAAAGCUGUACAGAAAUGCUAGAGAACGAGAAAAGCAUGACAACAUGGCAGAGCUGUACGCCGUGGUCUGCACCCUUCAGCACCUGGAGAAGGCGUACAUGAGGGACUGCGUGCCGGCGCCGGAGUACACGGCCGCGUGCAGCCGCCUGCUCGUGCAGUGCAGAGUCGCCUUCAAGCAGGUGCAGGGCGAGGAGUAUCCUAAUGUGGAGGCGUUUGUUAGCAAGUUCCGGCUGGACUGCCCAGCUGCUUUGGAGAGGAUAAGAGAGAACAAACCCAACUUGAUCAAGGAUGACAAAGGCAACACCAACAAAUACAUUGCAGAGAUUGUAUCUUUAUUCAUAACCCUGAUGGACAAGCUCCGCCUCGAGUUCAAGGCGAUGGACAUGAUCCAGCCGGAGCUGCGCGACCUGCGCGACACCAUGGACCGCCUGCAGAUGCUGCCCGACGACUUCGAGGGGAAGAUCAAGGUGGCAGAAUGGCUGGACAAGCUGGGCGCCAUGUCGGCGGCGGACGAGCUGUCGGAGGCGCAGGUGCGGCAGCUGCUGUUCGACCUCGAGUCCGCCUAUGGAGCCUUCAACAAGUUCCUGCACAAGGACUGAACUGGCAGUAGAGGUAUAAUAUUCCACGAUUCGGGCUCAAACGUAAAUGUGGCUCAUCUAUUUAAUACGGUUAGUGUAAGCCCAUAACUAUUAUGUAAUACUAUCUACUGUGUCUACCUAUCCUGCCUGUAAAUAAGUAAAUAAUAGGUACCUACACUCAGAUUCAUAAGAAGCUAUUAUGCACUUUUGUACCUUGUCAAACUAACAAGCCGUCACGUUUGAUGAAUUAGUGGAUUAGUUUGAUAAGGUGCAAAGGUGUGUGGCCACUUAUUAAGCUGAUUACAAUGGUUGAAAUUAAUAAAUAUUUUAAUGUAUUUCCAAAAAUCAUAGAACAAAAGUUGUUUUACGACUUAUGGAAAUUCAUAUACUUAAAUAUUUGUUAGAAAAUUCGCAAAUUUUAUGUUGUGUAUCUUACGUAUUAUACUUACCUAUAUUACUUAUACAUAAUAGUUGCCAUUUUAAAUAAUUAUGCACAUACCAAACAGUGUUUAUCACAACAGGUGACUUUGGGCUACUUAUUGAAUUUAAGUAUAUUUAUAAGUAAUUUUAUUAAUUUAUACAUUUAUGUAUCAGUUUCUGGCAACCUUCAGGGAUACGAAAACUUCCAGCACUAUUUAAAUAAAUAACCCAUAGAUGUUAAUUGUGAACAUCCUGAACCUAUAAGCAAUGUAAUUUUAUGUAAUGUAUUCUAUUUCACUCUUACUUAUAUCUAGGUACAAUAUUUUUAUUAUCUCACGGAUUAUUUAGACAAUAAAUAACAGGUACAAUACAACUAUUGUUUAAUCUAUACGUUAUUAAAUUGUUAAGAAUAAAUUUUGUAUCAUAAGUA